AUGGAAGGUGUCUCAGGAGACUACAGCAAACGAGUGUAUCAAGGCGUGAGAGUGAAGCACACAGUCAAAGAUCUGCUGGCAGAAAAACGAUCCAAGCAGACAAGUAACUCAAGAUUCAGUGGCAGCGUCGGCUCCUCUCCGUCUCCAUUUGCCCAGGUGCCAGGGUCACCGGUCAUGUCAGGCUACUACGGCGUCCGGAGGUCCUUCCUGUCUGACUCGGACUUCCACGGCACCAAACAGUUUGCAAACGAUGUGUGCGCCGCCAGCGUGGCCAGGCCCUUUCCCUGCGAGCCCUCCUCUGCCGGGCAGAGCCACCCCACCCUUCUGGACUCCUAUUUCCCGGAGCCCUACGGGGACCACCGCCCGCAGGCCCUGACCCCCAGCGCUGGCCCACUGUUCGGGUCCUCGGCCCUGCCACCGCUGCUGCCACCACCCCUCCCCAGCGACCCCACACACUUCGUGUUGAGAGACUCCUGGGAACAGACAGUGCAGGAUGGCCUCAGCCAGCUCGACUCUGUGCCCACCGACACCCUGCAGACCUUGCCACCCAGCACGAGUUGCCUCUCCCAACUGGAGUCGGGGAGCACUGCCCAGCACCGGAGCUCAGGCUGGGGAUCUCCCCUGCCUGGGGCUCAGUCUUAUUCGUUGCAUGCCUUGGAGGAUCUGUACCACACACCAGGAUACCCCACCCCGCCCCCAUAUCCCUUCGCCCCCUUCACCACAGUGUCCAACGACCUGCCCCCCAAGGCAAUGUCCCUCUCCCCAGAAGAGGGGUCAGAUGCCUCUGCCCUUCAGGACCCUUCUCCGUGGGCCAAAGAAGACGGGGGCAUGGUGUGGGGGUCGUACGAGUGCCGCCGAGCCUACUGA